GGUUGACUGAGCAAAUAAAUUAGCUUAAGGAGUAUUCAACAUUUAAGAUACCUAUCAUUUAAUUCAAAUAAACUUCCUAAAGAGUAAUUUUCUACAUUAUAAUGCAAUCGAAUGAAGUAUACACUAAAGAGAUGAUUGAAAUUAUCCAUUUUUAUGGGGAAUUAAAUGAAACUGAUUCAAUUUGUUUUAUUGAACAACGAGCAACACAUAUUAAUUCUAUGCAUAACAGUGAAUCUAUAAAUAAUAUACCAAAACUUUUAAUAAAUAAUAAACCAAUAAUUCAUUGUCCAUAUAAUUUAAAAAUGUUUAAUAAAAUUAUUCUAUACGAUUGUGUGAAUUUAAUUCGAAAAAAGAAAGAAUUUUUUCAGAAAACUUUAUAUUAUCUUGAUAAAAUGGAAGGAAAAUUAUUAAUUAUUAAAAAACUUGAAAAAUGGAAGACAACAUUUGAUGAAAAACAAAGUGAACAAUUUCAAAAUGAAUGGAAAUCAACUUUUAGCGCUUUAUUAAAUGCUGGUUUUAACAUUGAGUGGGAUGUAAUCGAUAUUCCUGUUAAUGUAAACUAUCGUCUCUGGCUUCAAAGCAUGAAUAAUGAUUCAGAAUAUCUCAUUAGGAACAUGAAUGCAUCUCUCAAGUACAUUCCAUUGAAUAAUGAACAAAUUAGGCUCAAUGAACAAUUGUUAAUUAUUAUUGCUUCUCCAAAACUUCAAACUGACUGUAAAGCGAAUUCAAUAAAACGAUCAGUACAUUCACUUCGUAAACAGAACUGUAAUCGUAAUGUAUACCGGAGUACACCUCAUAUACAACUUUUAACCUUAACACCAGAACUGGAAAAUAUACUGAUUGGAAAACUACAUGAAGUGAUUGCACACUCAAUCAAAGCAGUCAAUAAACAGCAUAGAAAUUACAAGUCAGAAUGGUGGGGAACAGUUGUCGCAGAUAAAUGGGUAAAUACAGAUUCUUGUAGAUACCUAGUAAGCGUCUAAUCUUUUUCUAAGUUGUACAUUUAUUCUUGGAGACUGUUCAAUUCAAAGUAAAGGUAUUUGUCCGACAAUAUAUUAUUUCAAUUUAUCAAUAUAAUGUGAUAAACAUUA